GUUGCAACUUGUUACCCUAUUAUGACGUCACCUCAUUGCUGGUUUGCUGUAGUGCUGUAAAAGUAAAAUUUGUACUAAAGAUUCGCCGAACGGCCAAAAUUUCGAUUUCAGUUUCUUUUUAAACGUUGUCGUGAAAAGGCGCAAGCGAGUAAAUAGUUGAGCUUUGCUGUUAAAGUAAACUUUAUACCACCAAUUUGUAUUCCACCAAAGAAUUUAUUUAGCCAGUCAAAAUGUCUCACUCCGUAACAAUUACCAGAACAACUACCAGCACUACCAAUACUUCGUAUAUUGUACUUAAUACGGGUUACCUUAAAUCGUUCCCAGGCUUAUUGAAACUCUUUCAAUUGCUUAUUGGUGCCGCAGUGGUAGGCAUUAUUGCUUGGUAUUACAACAGAACUAGUGUCUGGUUUUCUGGAAAUCCAGAUUUGUUCCAUUUUCUGAUGGCUACCACCUUUAUGAUAGGCACAUUUUGUCUACUGCUUUCAUGUUUAACUUCGUUAAGUACGGGCGGUAUUAUUUCAAAAACAAUAUAUGAGUUAAUAUAUCAUAGCGUUGCUGCAAUUCUAUUGCUUGCCAGCUCUCUGAACUUUAUUAUUGCACUCAGCGAUUCCCGAUUCAAGGGCUAUCACCACUAUGAUGCUUACAUGGCUGCAGCUGUCAUGGGUCUUGUAAACUGCGUACUCUACUUUAUCAGUGCAUUUUUGGCCCAUCGAUCCUACCGUGGCAUUUAAAUUAUUUAAUUUGAAAUAAGUACAUUUUUUAAUUUACAUCAUAAACUUUUACUCAAAUAAUAUAACAUUACAAUUAUUAAUAAGUUGAAUAUAUAUCAAGAAUAUGUAGAAAGCAUUUGUCUUAAAAUUGUGUACCAAAUUUAUUAAAACCCUAAAACUUUUU